CCGGGCUACUUCCGGGCUACUUCCGACAGUGGAAGCUGUUUGUCAAAGUCAGCAAUGGCCGUUCCCCACAAAAAGAGGCAGGCCUUUUCUACCGCUAAUAAAUGGUUUUUUCAGUUUAUCGCAACUUUCCACCUCCAGAGCCAUCAGGAUGUGCAGCUCCAUCUCGUUUUCCUCAAAGUGGAAGUACACAUUCAGAUAUGCCCAAAGCUAUCCAGGACCGAAGAAGAAUAAGCAGGGCCUGCGACAUCUGCAAAGCAAGAAAGAAAAAAUGCGAUGGAAGCCAGCCCUGUGCCAACUGCAAGAAAAAAAACGAUCGUUGCACUUACUCGAUCAUUGACAAGAGAAGCAUAAGGUAUAGUCAUUUGAAAACCCCUUCAGUUAACAACAACAGCAAAAAUAGUCAUCGUAAUACUAGAAAAAAAUCUGAAAAUGGACACACCCCUUCGAACAGCAUCAAGAGAGCUGAAAAUUAUGACACUGGCAACAACCCAACUGCAAUGAAGACAAACAUUUGUUCUAAUCUGAACGAUCCUCAAGUUAAUUUAAAUCCUCUGAAUGCCAGUAAUAUUGAAAACAUACAAGUACAAACUAUACCAAAUACAUCUAAUAACCUUGCUCUUCACGAUCAGCUACCGGCUAUCCCAUCUGUCGAGUACAAUAUUAACGCCAUUUUGAAUACUGCCCAAGACAUAAGCAAUAAUGUCUCUGAAAUUCUUUCUACAAAUAAUAAUACCUCUAUUAGUAACAACGACAGCAAUAUACAAACUGAUAGCGACACUAAUAUUAAUGAUCCUGAGUUUCAACGCUCUUCUUCAGAAGUUUCUUUAAUCAACGGUUCAACAAUACCAUCAAGUUUACAACCCUUAUUGAAUUUUCCUUCCUCUUAUUCAAAGAACUCAAAAUUAUCAAACAUCAGAGUUCCUAGUGUCGAAAAUGGCAAAAACUUGAGAUUACUAUGGGAUACCUCAGGCAAUUUAAGAUAUAUCGGCGAAAGUUCUCCUCUAUCAUUAUUGGCCCAAUGUAGAAAAAUUUUUAAUAAGCUAGAUAGCCCACUUCAUUCAAAUUUACCUGAUCUCACUAGCUCCAAAUUUGUGAAGGAUCCCAAAAGAUUUAAUAUCCAAGAUGCUCCUGCAUUUAGAUUAUCUCAAAAUAUUCCAACACAACUACCAUUACGAGACUAUUGCGAUUUUUUAGUCAACUUAUUUAUUCAAAAUGUCAACCAACUAUGCUACAUUUUCAAUGUCGACUACUUGAAAUGCAAAAUAGUUGACCAGGUUUAUUUAAAUCCAAUACAAGCAAAACCACAUAAACUUUGUUUAUUAUAUUUAAUAUUUGCUUUGGCUUCAAUAUAUGCUGCAUGCAUUAACAACAAUUGUUCAAUUGAAGACACCAAUAAAAAUGCAACCGACAAUACAAAUAUAGAUUCCAAUAACAACCAAAACAGUUCUAGCUCUAUACCUUAUAAAAAUCUCGUUCACUACUCUGUGUUUUUUGAAAGUGGAUUAAGUGUUUUAACUAAUACAAUAGAGGAUGGAAAUCUAUGGUUGGUCGAGGCUUAUUUUUUAAUGUUUUUCAUCUACCAAGCUAGUAACAAAAGAAACACAUCAUGGAUCAAUUUAGGUAUAGCCAUAAGAUAUGCUGAAUCAUUAGGCUUAAAUAAAAGAUACGCUAAUGAAUCCUUUAGCAACAAAGGCUAUGUUUUACACAGAAGACGUUUAUGGAGAAGCUUGUAUAUUUGUGAUAGAUUUUCAUCUGUAAAUCUAGGUCGUCCCUUAUCCAUUAAUAACAUCAUUUGGGAUGACAUGAAUAGCAUACCUAUUCAAAUUAAUGAAAAUCUUACAGCUGUUUGUGAAAACCAGUUGGUCAAAUUAUGUUCUUUAAAUGGCUGCAUUUAUGAAAAUGUCUACCAAUCAUCCAAAAUAAACUCGGAUACAGCCAGUAAAUUAGCUGUAAGCUUGAAAGAAUGGUCAAUGAAAUUACCAGCACAACUACAGUUGGAAAACUUACUCACUUUGGAUUCACUCGAUAGCAUAAAUAAAAAUAAAAGUGGUGUUCAGAGAUAUAUCCAUCAUCCCUUGUUACUAUUACACUUGACUCAUUUGCAUGGUAUUAUAUUGCUUUCAAGACCUUUUUUUCGAUACUUUAUAUCAACCUCUUUGGAUGAGAUUAAAAAUGCUGCAAUUAAAUCUAAUUUUGUAAAUAAUAAUCAUACCAAUUUACGUGCUGGAAACAAUAAGAAUAUUAAUGUUAAUAAUAAAAAUCAUGAGAAUCAGAAUGGGAAUGGGAAUGGGAAUGGGAAUGUGAAUGUGAAUGAAAAUGAAAAUAAUAUUUAUAACGAAACUGAAAAUAUUUCAAUCAUAAAAAUAUUUGCAGAUUCGUGUUUAAAAGCUGCGAUUUUUACAAUCAGAUUGGUUCAUUUCUUUAUUAAGCGGGAUAUUGACCCCAUUAAACCGUAUGUUUUAAUUAAUUGUCUUUUAAAUGCCGGAUUGAUAAUUGGACGAGAUUUUAGUUGAUAUGUAUGAUUCAAUAAAAAUCUACAUUCCUCCCAAAAAUAUGGUAAUGAAUAAUAACCCAACUCAAAGCAGAGAACCAUUUGGAUUGAAAACUUCGCAUUCAUUAUAUCCUGAAUCUGACUUGAGAGAAAAUCUUGGUGAAGAGAACCAACAACUCAAUAAUAAUAAUAACAACAAUAAUAACAAUAAUAAUAAUAAUAAUAAUAAUAAUAAUAUAAAUACACAUAACAUUAACAAUUACAAUAACCUUCAAACCAAUUUGGGGGUUGGGCAACAAGAAGGAGGUUUCAUGAACAUUUCGUUUAUCAAUUCAAGCCAACAAUAUCCGAAUAACUAUAUU